AUGCCGGAGUUUAAACGGAAGUUGGAAGAGGAAAAGGAAACGGAGGAGGACUCUUCGAAUUCACGUGGCUUCGCACAAGGACUCCGACCAGAGCGCAUCAUCGGCGCAACCCAGUCCAGCGGAGAGCUCAUGUUUUUGAUGAAGUGGGAAGGCAACCCAUGCAAGGACGAAGACGUCGCUAGCCACAAAGGGGAUCACACACCAAAGGCUACGAAGCAACCGCAGCCGCCAAUGUCUCGGGCAGUUGAUCCUUCGGCCAAGGAUUCAUCUGCAAGUGACCUUGAGGCUCAGGAGCCCGAUGACGCAAUCACCUACACCCCGGCGGAGGCAGAGACAACCGACGGCGCAUUCUGUCUCCCAUGUGCCCUGUUUGUGGAGGAGAAGAGGGAACACCUUGGUCUGCUAGUGAAUAAGCCGUUCCGAAAAUGGAGUAAAAAGAAGGACACAAUCAACCCGCAUGCGGAAUGCCUGUACCAUACUCGUGCCAUGCAAGUUGCGGACGGUCUGAUCCACAGCAUCGAAACCCUCCAAUCAACAAUUCCAGCACUCAGCGACGCUCGUGUCAAAGAAAACAUUGGCAGAAACAGACAUUGUGAAAUGUGUCACCGAAGCUGUGCUGUAAUGCAGCAGACAAUGCAUCGCGUUACGCAGGAACAAGGAAUACCUCAAGAGCGGCGGAAAUCCCAGCAAUUUCUUUGCCCUCAUGAAACUGAUGAAAACCACAAUCCAAUAUUGAGAGCACACUUGGAUUCACCAAUCCUCAAGAAUGCAACAUAUGUGUCCACGAAAAUUCAAAAUGAGGUGAUAAAUAUAAUGGACAAGGACAUGAUCCUCGUGCAGAUAGUCAGUGAGGUAAAUUCGGCAGUUUACUAUAGUGUGUUAGCUGACGAGACCACCUCGCAUAACAAAGAACAACUGUCGCUCUGUAUCCGGUUUGUGGACAAAUGUAAGGAUAUAAAAGAGGAAUUUGUGAGGUUCUCUGGACUACACAGAACCACUGGCUAUCACAUUGCCCAAGAAAUGAAAUCUGUUCUCGCGGAGAUAGGACUCGACAUCAGCAACAUGCGAGGUCAGGGCUAUGACGGAGCGGCUGCAAUGUCGAGUGAACGUAUCGGCGUACAAAAGUUAAUCCGUGAUGACGCCCCCAAGGCAGUGUACAUGCACUGCAAUGGUCACUGCCUGAACUUGGUAAUUGGACAUGCCUGUUCCAAUACGGACGUGCGCAAUAUGAUAGACAAACUCAAGGCCGUGUGCCUGUAUUUUAAGUACAGUCCUAAGAGACAAGGUUUGUUGGAGCACAUCAUAACAAAAAAUGCUCCUGGCAGUAAGCGGAAGCCGCUACUAAACUUAUGUAAGACCCGCUGGGCAGAGCGUCAAGAAGCAUAUACGCACGUCAAUGACUCGUACCCGCAUCUAGUGACGGCAUUUGAAAAGAUCGCGCACAGAUUACAUUCCGAUAUUCUGGACGACGAUAUUCUGCUAUUCAGAGCAGCAUGGGAUGCUAAGUCAAAACAAGACGCCGUGUCCAUCCUGGCAUCCAUAACCUCGUUCGGGUUCAUAAUGACGUUCAACGUUGUCUACUAUUCCCUCGCGCAUCUGGAAGUCAUCACAGUGAAGUUGCAGAAAUCGGCGUUGGACAUCUUCAAAGCCCAUGAAUUUGAAAUGGUCCAAGAGUUUACAGAUUAUUUUCGGAUGCGGAGAAACACUGUGGACGAUGCUAUGAAAGACAUGUUCACGACGUCCAUGCAAAUGGCAGGAAAGGUGGAUGUGGUACCCUCCAUGCCACGCAUCAAUGCGUGGCAAAUAAACAGAGGCAAUACACCAGCUGAGAGCGUGGAUGAAUACUACAAGCAAAACCUGUUGAUUCCGUUCACAGACCAUAUUGUCACGAAACUUGAGGCUCAGUUUUCCGGGCUGCAGACAACCGCCAGUAAAUUGCUGGGUCUCGUUCCUACUCUACUGGUGGAAAACAUCGACAUCUCGGAGGUUGUGGACAUGUACGAAGACGAUUUGCCGACGCCUCAUCUUGUGGCCACUGAACUGGAUCGCUGGAAGCAUAAGUUUACUAAUGUGGCAGACAAACCGAUCUCCCUUGCACAGGCUCUGAAAAAUCUGUGA